AUGUCCUCGUACACCUUGUAUCAAGGACAUGGCAUUUUCUCAAAGACUGUCAUUCCCUCAACAGCUCCGUUGUGCAUCGUGACCUUCAUUGGCCUGGUCUUCACCCGCUUCUGGUUGAUCAGUGUGCUUUACGGUGCAUGGUGGGCCUACGACUGGGACAAACCACGCAAUGGUGGCAGGAAGAUCAAUCUGAUUCGAAACUCGGCUGUCUGGAGAUAUAUGAAGGACUACUUCCCCAUUACGUUGGUGAAAACCGUGGAUUUGGAUCCUGCCAAGAACUACGUCUUUGGCUUCCAUCCCCAUGGGAUCCUGGUGGCCGGAGCUUUUGUCAACUUCUGCACUGAAGCCACAGGAUUUUCCAAGAUGUUUAGAGGCCUGAGCCCUCACCUGAUGCUGCUGGAUCUUUGGUUCAGAGCCCCAUUCUUUCGAGACUAUGUCAUGAGUGGAGGUUUGGUGGCCUCUGAGAGGGAGUCUGCUGCCCACAUCCUAAGGAAGCCCGGAGGUGGGAAUGUGCUCAUCAUUGCCGUCGGAGGAGCGAGAGAAGCCUUGGACGCUCGGCCUGGAGCGUUCACCUUACUGCUGGCCAACCGGAAGGGCUUUGUCCGGCAGGCCUUACAACAUGGUGCCUCGCUUGUCCCAGUCUUCUCCUUUGGAGAGAAUGAGUUGUUUGAUCAAGUGGAGAACCCUCCAGGUUCCUGGCUGAGAUGCACCCAAGAAGUCUUGCAGCGGUUCAUGGGCGUCUCCCUUCCACUCUUCCACGCCAGAGGAAUCUUCCAGUACAGCUUCGGCUUGCUUCCGUAUCGGAAACCAAUCUUCACCGUGGUUGGCAAACCCAUCAGUGUUGAGAAGAAUCCCAACCCCAGCCAAGAAGAAGUGGACGACUUACACCAGUUGUACAUGGAGGAGCUGAGCAAGCUCUUCGAAGACCAUAAACUGAAGUACAACGUUCCAGAGGACAAGCAUCUCUCUUUCGUUUGAAGUCAGAAAGCCAUGAUCUGCAUCGACUCCCUUGUUUACACUGGAUCGGAUCCCCCCAAAAGUGGGAAGAAGCCAUGAGUGCAGCUGUAUGAGCAAUUGCACAAAUACUGAUGGAGUGCUACAAUGUGUACAAUUCUUAUUUGCUCUUCUGCUGUUGCACUAUAGCCUUGGAACACCUUUUUCACCCAGCACCACACCAAAGUCCCAGUAGUACUAAUUACAGCAGUUUAUUAAAAAAAAAAAGCAUGUACAAAAGGGGGAAAGGGCAUUCCCCAAAACGCAAUAGAGAAGGAGCUAUAACAUAGCAGUAGUCCAUAUACAAAAGAACAGUCAUCUAUAUACAAAAGAACAGUAGCCAAAAUAGCAAGGUCAUGCUUAGGGAUCUAUGCGAUCAUAGGCAUAAAUCCCUAAGCAUGAAAACAGAAACUUUUUCCAAGGCAAACUCCUUCAGAAACAUAGACAAACACAAGACACUUGAAUCAUGAGCUUGAGAUCUGAACCAGGAACUUGAAUUGAUGGCAACGUUGUCUGCUCUGGAGAUACCAAGUAAGCAUCACUUAAUUUAAGCUCAGGCCCAACCAAGAAGCCAGAUUAUGCCUCUAACACCUGGGUUUCAAGGACUUCCCAGAGUCUUUCUGAAUGCCUAAUUAAUCUAUCCUUCACUCCCUCUGUGCGGAGGCCUAAUCUGAUAUCACAGGAUAACUCCUCAUCU